AUGUCUUGUAAAACUAAUUAUUCCGUAAAAGAUGCACAUGAAAUUGCAACAAAACAAGAUGAUUUGUGCCUUUCAGAUCAAUAUGCCAGUUGCAAUAUUCCACAAGAUGGCGCUGUGUUAAAGGGCAUGAAUGAAAAAUUGCAAAAGAAUGAGGCAGUUUAUGCCUCUCAGGUAAAUAUGUCAAUUGCCACAUUCCAUUGCGAUGGCGUUGUACUGAAGGGCAUGAAUGGGAUGCUCAACUUAGCAAUAUAA